AUGGCUGCUCCUCAAACACCACUCCCACCACGUCCGCCAGCUCGUAAAGGACCUAAUCCAUUCUUGAUAUUAGGAAUGGUUGUAUUGAGUAGCGCAUCAUUCUUCAUCUUGGCUGAAAAACGUCAUAACGAACAACAAACAUCAGGUCAGACGAGGAGGAAAGAAAUGGCAAAUCCUUUGUUACCUUCUAGACAAGCUGAAUCAGUGGAAUUACCCCCAAGGCGGAAAGUAGAAUGA